UAUGUUAUGGCUAAUUCUUUCAUCAAGUCUUCUACUUCUUCUGUUCUCUAAUUUAUUUGCUUUUGCAGUUUUCUUAGCCUUUAGUUUAUUAUUUCCUAUUUAUUUAUAUUUAUUUAUUUUAGGCUUCGAUCUCCUCCUUUGGCACUAUUUGCUCCUUCCUCCAAGGUUUGCUCAGUGCAUGUCAUGUCUUAACUAACUCGGUUCAGACUGUCAUUCACCCGAAGUACUCAUGUCCGUUCACAGUUUCUGGAGUCCAGUGCCUAAGACCCACCCUGCCCCUGGUGCCCCACACGGCAGGGCACACAACACUUUCUCCUGCGCGGCCAAAGGUUCCACUACCCACACCAUCCUCAGGCCUUCCUAGCCAAGCUUCAUAUCCACAGACCAACACUGCAAGACCUAUUGGCCAGUGACCCCCUCGGCCCUGGCAUCGCCCUCCAAGUCCUCAAACACACAACAAGAAUGGAUAAGCUAUCGCUAUCAAAAUGGCACCAAACUCAUCAACGUUUACCUGUCUAUAUAAAUCUUAAUAAUGAUUUGCAAUGUAAAUGGUUAGGAGAGUGACGACUGGCACUUUAAAAUCUAUCAAAAGAUUGUGUCAACUGUCAACAACCUGAGUGAGUUGAAUAUUAUUUUAGAGCAAUACCUCAACUGCAAAGGGCAAAUUAAUCUCAAAAUUUGGUAAUUAAUAUGAUCUAUAUGAUUCUUUUCAGGUAGCUAAGCCCAAAAAAGGAGGGCAAAUUAAUGUCCAGAUUGAGGCGGCGCAAGACUGAGGACAGCGCUAAAAAAUAUCUUCAUCUGGUCACCAUGAUGCCAGGGCGAGUAGGGUCUAACAGACAGCCAGAGUCCUUCAACACCACCACCUCCAACAGCAACAACAAUCAAAGUAAACAACACUGCCUAGGAAAAGAGAAUUGUUAGAGUGAAUGAGUGGUAGAUCAUUUAACCGAGAGCAAUACCAUAGAGAAACAGAGUCAUAUGCUGUUAAAUGAGUGAAGAUUGUCGGUGUCACCCACUAAUUAUAACAGGCACAGUUCAAGAGAGGUACUACUGCAACUGUUGAGCCAAGGAAGAGGCCAGCAACAAUGGUCCCCAUGAGUCCAGAAAAGAAGCAGUUACUGUCCAAGAUGAUAGGAGGGGCUGACCUUCCUACAAGUGAUGUGGUGGAGUUGUUGGCAUCCCAUGACACACUCUGCAAGAAGCUGACAUGUUUCCACAUUGCAGACAAAUGUAGCAGUAACAAUGACUUGGCCCUCUUAACUGCCAAUCUGCUCUUGAGGGAUGCUAGUGAUGCCAACCCAAUCAUUCGAAGUGCCAGCAUUUCAGCACUAGCAGCUCUGCCUGGGGUAGAAGAGAGUGCUGUGCGGGCUUUGACAUCUGCACUGAGUGAUCAAGCAGCAAUGGUGCGGCGGUGUGGAGCAUUGGGCUGUGUUAGGCUCUUUGACCAUGCUCCUGAGGCGGUUUUGGAAUGUGGAUUAACUGAUGCACUCUAUGAUGGACUGCGUGACUCAGACUCCAUAGCCAUUACCAACUGCAUCCUGGCCUUGGACCACAUAUUGGAGGCAGAGGGUGGCAUAGUGGUCAACAAGAACAUUGCCCAUUACCUCUUGGGCAGGAUCAUGCAGUUUUCUGAGUGCAAUGCUGUCUAUGUUCUCACCAUCUUAGGAAGGUAUCCUCCCAAAUCAGAGGAGGAGCUGAUUCUCUUGUUGAAUACCUUGGAUGAGCUGCUGCUUUCAAGGGCUCCUGCUGUCCUUGUUGGCACAGUGAAGCUGUUUCUUCACUGGACCCAAGACCACCCACACCUCAAGAAGGAUAUGUUGGAAGUGAUACAGCCCUCAGUGUGCAAGAUUCUCAGCCGCAAUAUAUCUGAGACAUCUUACUUACUGCUGGAGUUUCUACAUACACUUGGAGACAUCCGUAAGGUGUUUGGUCCUCAUUAUAAGUAUUUCCUAGUGCGGGCCAAGGAUCCUGGAUUCCUUAAAACACAGAAGCUCAAAGUCCUCCCUCUCAUCAGUACAGAGGACAACGUGUGCUGUCUCAUAGAGGAGGUGAAGCCAUUCUGCAGUGAUUAUCAGAGUUUCCGGAGCGCUGUGAGCUGCAUGGGGUUACUGGCACGGGUGAACGCUGCAGCCAACAGCAUGUGCUUGUCUAUGCUGGUGACACUUCUUGAUGCUCCUGCUGAAAGAGUUGUGAUUGCUGCUCUUGAAUGUCUCAUGAACAUUGUCCUUUCACCACCUGCAGCUGAGAAUGAUGUUAGUGAAAACCGUACAGAGCCUGUCCCCUCACAGCCUUCCUCUGAAGGGAAUGUGGGGUCUCAAAACCAAACACUCUUGGAAGGGCUCUUCUCCCAAUUAUCUGUUCCUAGUGAAGAACCAAGAAUGGAUCCAAAAACGAUAUCAACAUCGCAGAGUCAACCAGAACUACCCCAUGAUUUGAUAGAAGCUAUUACAAGAGCUCUGUCACUAGAAACUGUACAGGAGGCAGCACCCUCCCUUGUUCUCUUUGUGCUAGGAACUUUGGCUCCUCAUCUAGACGCUUCUCCAGACAUUCUCCAACGUAUGUCCUCACUUUCCUUCUCUCCAUCUGUACAUGCAGAUUUGGUGACAGCAGCAGCACAGAUUUUUAUCUCUCGUCCAGCCCAGACUCAGCUUUUGUUGGCAGGAAUUCUUGCCCGAGCCUUUAAAUCUUCAGAUGAAGCAGCUUCUCGUGCUGCAUUGGUCUAUGCAACACUUCAGGAACACCCUAGUGAUGCUGCCUUUCUUCUAGGUGCUGCUGUACGGCACUUGGCUCCUAGCAAUAAGGAAGAGUGUAAAGAGGAGCACUCUGAGGGGAGUGAAUAGAUUUUAUAUAUUUUGUUUUGAAAAAUAUAUAUUAAAUAUUUAUUUAUUAUAAAAAAUUAUAGUCUUAGUGAAUCAUUCACGGAGUCAAAUAUUCUACCUGCAUUUUCUUCAAAAUAACUGAACCUCUUGAAGUCUGAUCCAUUGCCUCUUUAGGGUCCAGCAAAAUCAUCAGGCCUAUGUGACUGAGGAGGGUGAGCAGGAGUGAAGAGUCAACAAAUGUGUGCUCUGGCUCACUGGGAUCCGUUUUCCUUUGCACUAAAUUUUUUUGUUUUCCUGAACUUGAAUAUGACAAGUUUGUUCUUAAAUGGGACAGUAUAGUUGUCCAUAAGCUGUAGUCAUUUCAUAUAAACACCUGAUUUUUUUUCCAAGCAGGUUGUGCAUAUCUGCACUGAUGAACUGUACAAUAAAACAAUAAAAUUACACUAUCA